AAGACGCGCAUAUUUUCCACAUUAGUUUAGUUGAGAGAGACAGUAAAAUCAUUAUCUCCCAGACCAGAUAGAGAGACACUAUUAGCUUGUCUGGAACGACAAGGGCGAUUUCCAUCCUCCGGUCACUUCCUUGGUUAGCCAUGCCAACUGGCGAUUGCUUCCAUUGCCACAAGCCAGGUCACUGGGCGAAUCGUUGCCCUCUCAAAUCCACACCGACGAUCACCACCGUCGCCGCAGAUUCUCCUCCGGUCAUUCACUGCCCCUGCGACCGCGCUUGCGUUGUUUUGACUUCUAAAACUGUGAAAAACCCUAACCGGAGAUUCUACAAGUGCUCAGCAGUCCCAAGCUGCGAAUUUUUCAAAUGGUGCGACCAAGUGAGUAUCGAAUCGCAGCCGGUGGUCUCCGUCAACCCUACUUGCCCUUGUGGCUCUGGUCCCUGUAGAAGAGUAACCGUCACCGAAGGACCUAACGCUAACCGUUCAUACUUUGUUUGUUGCAUUAAGAAGGGUUUCGGAGCAUGUGGAUUCUUUCAAUUGGAGAAUGAUGCUCAAAUUCCAUCUGAACAAGUAGGACUUGUUGGUUCUACAUUGUCUGAAUUUUCGGAUGAUGUUAAUUCACUAACUAUUGUUGAUUUGAGUUCGGAUGCUAGUGUAAACCAAGAAUCUAAAGAUGUGGUUAGUCUUGAGACAGGAGAGAAAGUACCCUCUUCACUUGCAGCGAAACAUAAUGAAACUCAACUAAUGGAUUUGUGUAAUUAUUACACAACAAAUAGUAACGAGGGUUAUGCACUGGAGGUAGCUGAAGCAACGAGUCUUUCUCAGAACAUCAUCAAUCCAGUUUCCAAUAAACCAACCAGUCAAUCUGCUACGUCUAUUGAAACCGAAGCCUCAUUUUCAGGCUGCUCCUCUUUGAUGGACCUCAUUGAGCAAUAUAACUCGUUGAAGCUCCAUUUCGAGAGUGUUUCUAUGAAACAUGUUGAUGCGUUGACCGCUUUUACGGGUUCGUACAAGAUAUUAGAAUCUCUUCGUGAUACAGCACGUAAUCAGAGCAAACGGGUGAUUGAAGUAGAGAAACAGGUGAAGUUUUACGAAGCCAAGACCUCAGAAUUUGCAGCAAGUCUUGAAGAAGUCUGCGGUGAAAUGACGAAAUCGCAGAGUAAAAUGGUGGAGACGGCAAGGAGAGUAGUGAAGGAACUGAGUGGAAAGGAAAUUUGCAGCUCCGAAGACGACAAGAAGCUGAAAGGGGAGUAAUGAAUCGCUGUGUACGUUUUUUCUAGGACCCGGUGAAAAGACCAUGGCCAGCGAGGUCGGGUGAAGCGGGGCUGAUCAGAUUAGCCCAUAGAUUAGCAAGAGACACCAAGUAAUGCUCUCCGUUCCACUCCACCAUCUUAAUCCCUGAUUCAAAAAUACGAGUGAAAUCUAGUAAUUAUUAUAUCUAGAGUACUAUAAAAUUAUCCCACACUACAACCAGAUUUUGUUUUGGUUAUGGAACAUUUCAGUUUUGGAUAAAACCUAUAGAUGAAAUUUAAUUAGAGACAGAUCUUAGAGGAC